UCCAGCCCCUUCCAGGCAGCGCAUCCAGAGCCGAGAUCGCUCAUCCGCAGACAGUAUCUCGCUGCCCGCGGCAGCUGCAUCAGCCUCGGUAGCUUCGGAUGUAGCGUAGUGUGUUUCCCCAGUCUAGAAGCUGAAGACCCCCCGGCACUUAAUUCUUUUUACGCCCUGAAACAGUGUCACGAAACCGACAGAAUCAACUGAAAUGUCAUCGCUUUUUCUUUCCGGAGUAUUUCCAUAAUGCGGGAGAAGUGUCUCGACUUGCAAACUAUUUUCUGUAUACAGAAACGCGAUUAAUUCUUGUAAAUCCCCGUCAUUAUUAAGGGAUCGAGAAGCAAUGUCUUUUCGGCGGAAGGAUGAAUAUGAACUUGCCGUGGGAUAUACUUUAUUCUGUCCGUGCAGCCCUUUUGAAAAGACACCUGUGGGCAACAACCUGAUUUGAGGAUCAAACCAAAUGACAAGAAGCAUGUCUCGCCUGCAUCUUCGAACAAAUAAUCGAAAAGCGAAACAGUAUUAAAUAUUAUUGCAGCUGUACGUCGAAUCCAAAAAACUAUAACUCACCAGUCAGUAAUAAAACGGACUGGUAAUUCCGAACCAUUGUAACUACAUAUCACAGACCUAGAAAUAUGACCCAGAAACACUCGUACUUCGAUAUAACGGUAGUUGCAAAUCGUCUUGGAGCGCAACUGAAUUGUAUGAAGGUGGAUUUAGGAGCAGACUGCUUUUCCAAUGGGGUGGUGCCACAUGCAAGUGUUAGUCAUGUUCAUCAUCACACACCAGCAACACAGGAUUAAGUACAGCGGCAUCUUAUCGCUACAGUAAAGCUCAAAAAGACGAAAAAAAUAAUAAAGAACUGGAAAAUAAGAGAAAAAGGCAACGCGGCACUUUAUUUGAACGUUUCCAGGACCAAGUCAGUAUUUGCGCGAAGAAAAAGGCUUUUAUCAAGGCUGGCAAUGCAGGACUCAUGGGUUUUUGCAGUGUUUCGCGGGUUUGGCUAUGAGGUGCUUCUUAAAUGAGCCUUUCCUCAGCGAUCACACGACGGCACUGCGCACCCGGCUUCGAUUCCUACCUGUGGGUCCCGCGUCCCCAUGAAGGGACCCCGUGAAGCGCACAGAUACGCCGGAUCAGUGUGAAUCAAGAGACGCGGGGCUUCCCCCUUCCCCCUUUCAAAGGUCUGGGUCUGCUUUGAAGGCUUCCCUUCGCUGGCUUCGGGAGGACAUGCCUGCAGGACUUGUCUGACUGACAGAGAACCGCUCCAGCGUCAGCGAAGGGGCGAGUGGAGCACGCAGAACCCGCUUACCCAGCGCCCCCCCCCCCCCCUCUCCCCCCGUCGCGCUUCCUGAUGCCCCUGGAGACGGCUGGUGGCGCUGCGGGCUGCUCCUCAUCCCGGGCUGUUUGGUAACUGCUCAGCGAGGAGAAAAGCUGAAGGCGGAGCUUAAUCUGCUCUUAUCUGGCGCGGCUCUGGGGAAGGACAGGAGGGCAGCCUUUGAAAGAGCUUGGAUCCGAGGACUUUGAGGUUUAUCCCCAGAACAGGUAACUGUUUGGGCCUUCAAUUUGAAGAUAUUUCGAGUGAAAGUUUGGUCUGCCACUAUGGCGCCAUCCGCAGGCUGCUGGAGGGAUCGCAUUGGCCAGGUCUUGGCGCCGGUCCUGAUCUACUACUUGCUGGCCACGCUGGAGGCCAAGCCCAGGGCACCGGGUCACACGCACCUGAACUCCAUCCGCAUUGAUGGGGACAUCUCACUGGGGGGACUGUUUCCCGUUCACGCCCGCGGGAAUGACGGUAAAGCCUGCGGGGAGCUCAAGAAGGAAAAAGGCAUCCACCGGUUGGAGGCCAUGCUGUUCGCGCUGGACCGCAUCAACAACGACCCCGAGCUGCUGCCCAACAUCACGCUGGGCGCCCGCAUCCUAGAUACAUGCUCGCGGGACACACACGCGCUGGAGCAGUCGCUCACCUUCGUUCAGGCGCUCAUCGAGAAGGACGGCACCGACGUAAAGUGUCUGGGCGGCGGCCCGCCCAUCAUCACCAAACCCGAGCGCGUGGUCGGCGUCAUCGGCGCCUCCGCCAGCUCCGUCUCCAUCAUGGUGGCCAACAUCCUGCGGCUCUUCAAGAUCCCGCAGGUGAGCUACGCCUCCACGGCUCCGGAGCUGAGCGAUAACAGCCGCUAUGAUUACUUCUCGCGGGUGGUGCCGCCGGACACGUAUCAGGCGCAGGCCAUGCUGGACAUCGUCAAGGCCAUGCGCUGGACCUACGUCUCCACGGUGGCCUCUGAGGGCAGCUACGGCGAGAGCGGCGUGGACGCCUUUGUCCAGAAGUCCCGCGAGGACGGAAGUGUGUGUAUUUCGCAAUCAGUAAAGAUUCCCCGGGAGCCCAAGGCGGGUGAGUUUGACAAGAUCGUCCGCCGGCUGAGAGACAACCCCAACGCCAGGGUGGUGAUCCUGUUCGCCAACGAGGAUGACAUCAGGCGCCUCCUGCAAGCUGCCAAGAGGGCCAACCAGACAGGUCACUUCCUGUGGGUGGGAUCGGACAGCUGGGGGUCUAAGAUCGCACCCGUGUUGCACCUGGAGGAGAUGGCCGAAGGUGCUGUCACCAUCCUCCCGAAACGGGCCAAUAUCAAAGGGUUUGACCGCUACUUCAUCAGUCGCACCCUGGACAACAACCGGAGGAACAUCUGGUUCGCUGAGUUCUGGGAGGACAACUUUCACUGCAAGCUGAGCCGGCAUGCCCUGAAGAAAGGCUCGGGAAUCAAGAAGUGCACAAACCAUGAACGGAUCGGCAAGGACUCACCGUACGAGCAGGAGGGGAAGGUGCAGUUUGUCAUCGAUGCCGUCUACUCCAUGGCGCACGCCCUACACAACAUGCACCGGGAGCUGUGCCCGGGCCGGGUGGGUCUCUGCCCCAAGAUGGACCCCGUCAACGGCAGCGUGCUGCUCAAGUACAUCCGCAACGUCAGCUUCUCGGGCAUCGCUGGCAACCCCGUCGUCUUCAACAGUAACGGUGAUGCCCCCGGUCGCUAUGAAAUCUACCAGUACCAAAUCAGGAACAGAACCGCCGAAUACAAGGUCAUCGGUCACUGGACUGACCAGCUUCAUCUGGAGGUGGGCUCCAUGUUUUGGCCGGGCGGUGUCCAGGAAGUGCCUCCCUCCAUCUGCAGCCAGCCGUGUCGCCCGGGCGAGAGGAAGAAGACAGUGAAGGGCAUGCCGUGCUGCUGGCACUGCGAGCGCUGCGAUGGCUACCAGUACCAGGCCGACACCUACACCUGCAAGAUGUGCCGCUUCGACCUGCGGCCCAACAAGAACCACACGGCGUGCCAGCCCAUCCCCGUGGUGCAGCUGGAGUGGAGCUCGCCCUGGGCUGUUAUCCCCGUCCUGCUGGCCGUCUUCGGCAUCCUGGCCACGCUCUUUGUGGUAGCCACCUUCAUCCGCUACAACGACACGCCCAUCGUCAAGGCCUCAGGCCGCGAGCUCAGCUACGUGCUGCUGACGGGCAUCUUCCUCUGCUACGCCACCACCUUCCUCAUGAUCUCCACUCCCAACGUGGGCGUCUGCUCGCUGCGACGCAUCUUCCUGGGCCUGGGCAUGAGCAUCAGCUACGCGGCGCUGCUCACCAAGACCAACCGCAUCUACCGCAUCUUCGAGCAGGGCAAGCGGUCGGUGAGCACCCCCCGGUUCAUCAGCCCCGCCUCCCAGCUGGUCAUCGCCUUCAGCCUUAUCUCUGUGCAGCUUUUGGGCGUCUGUGUGUGGUUCGGGGUGGACCCCUCACAGGCAAUCAUCGACUACGAGGACCAGCGCACGGCCAACCCGGCCCUGGCACGCGGCAUGCUGAAAUGCGACAUCUCGGACCUGUCGCUCAUCUGCCUGCUGGGCUACAGCAUGCUGCUCAUGGUCACCUGCACCGUCUACGCCAUCAAGACGCGCGGCGUCCCUGAGACCUUUAACGAGGCCAAGCCCAUCGGCUUCACCAUGUACACCACCUGCAUCGUCUGGCUGGCCUUCAUCCCCAUCUUCUUCGGGACGUCGCAGUCCACAGAGAAGAUGUACAUCCAGACGACCACGCUGACCAUCUCAGUGAGCCUGAGUGCCUCCGUGUCUCUUGGCCUGCUGUACAUGCCCAAGGUCUACGUGGUGCUCUUCCACCCUGAGCAGAACGUGCCGAAGCGCAAGCGCAGCCUCAAAGCUGUGGUCACCGCUGCCGCCAUGUCCAGCAAGUUCACACCCAAGGGCAGCCUUCGACCCAACGGCGAGGCCAAGUCCGAGCUCUGUGAGAGCCUGGAGACACACGCAGAGUACGGGGAUGCGGGGGAGGACACAGAGGCACUGUAACGAUAAUGCAGCCUCCAAGCAAACGUACAUCAGCUACAGCAACCAUGCAAUCUAGGAGCAGCAGGUGGUCCUGGACCCCAGACCCUGGGUCCCCUCUUCACUGCAGAGAGACGCCCAUGCUGUCCCCAUGGCGGACAGCAGGACGAAACCAGAUCCAGCCUGCACACAACAGAACCGUCUCAGAACCGUACUCUUUUUCCUUUUGUGUUGGGAGGACCAGGCAUAGACAAACGAUCGCCGCACGAAAACAUCGGGAUAGGUUCUUUUGGGGGGGGGGGGG